GGGGGUGCGUGUGUGUGGGGGGGGCAACGGGCUCCACAGCUACGGAUGGGAGAACAAGUCUUGACAUGUUUCUCUAGCUCCGCAUUUAAAAAGGAAAACAGAAGUCCUCAGCUGGCGAGAAUGGCCUUGCCCCGCCUCUGCUCUCAUUGACCCGCCCUCAGCGAGACGCGUUUGCGUUUCUUCCCGCUUACAAGCCUGUAGGAACCUUUCCUGUGUCCGUAGCGGGUUGUGCUUGCAGGCUGAGCUCCUUUGUGUAACGUAACAUGGCGUCAAAACUUCAUCAAAAAGCUCCUUUUAAAGAUGUAAAAACUCAGUGUGAGAAGAUGUGUGUGGUGCUGGGCAGUCCUGUGGGAAGAAUUGAGAUAUCGGGAUGCAAGACAGGAGUGCAUGAAAUACGCCUUCAGGAAAAUGCUGUUUCACAGAACGAUACUAUGGAGGCCUCAGUGUCUUGUGAAGUAUGUGAAUCCCCAGAGGAAAUGACAGAGCCACUGGAACAGUGUACAGCUUGGCUUCAGGCCUAUUUCUGUGACCCCUGGAUGACGGAGAAGCUUCCAAUGCCUCCCUUCCACCACCCACUUCUAGAGAAAGCUUCAUUCACCAGAGAAGUGUUGUGGACCCUGUUGAGAGAUGUGAAAUUUGGAGAAGCAGUUUCUUACAAGCAAUUAGCAGACCUGGCAGGCAACAGCAAAGCAGCCAGAGCAGUAGGAGGAGCAAUGAGAAGCAAUCCUGUCCCGAUUAUAAUACCAUGCCACAGAGUGAUUUGCAGCAGUGGACAGACUGGCAACUACACGGGAGGAAGUCAUCUGAAAGAGUGGCUUUUGUCACAUGAGAAGCUUCAGAAGGAAAAGUUAGCAUAUUGAUGCAGUUCAGGCACAGCUGUUAUACAGCCAAAACACAUAACCAAAGAUACUUGGCUUAUAACAAGCUUUCCGAACACACAGUAGAAUUCAGGAAAAUGGUAAAUAUUUGAGUGACAUAUAAAUAUAAUACAACAUCCGAAGCGAAAUGUGUGGUGGCACUACUAUAUUAAAAAAGCUGAAUGUGUCCUAGGGGAUACAGCUUGUAUGCCCUUUCUUGUUUUUACAUUUUACAGCAGAAUGAGUACAGCGGACUGUGCCUGUGUUGUGCAUGUAUUUUGUUCCCAUCUCCAGUACUGUUUUGUUCUAUUUUUAAUGUCCAUUAAAGCAAGGAUAAGGGGGUGGGAGGGGCAUGGCAAAUGUUAGAUGCAACUGCCCCUCUAAGGAAGCAUCUGGCUCGCAGAGGGGACAGCCGGGAAUCCGCAGCCUUUGCGUGUAUUCGGAGAGCAAAAUUAAAUGCAUAAGCUUCAACACACACCUCCCCCUGUUCCUGCCUGGAUUUGUAUUUGUCCAGAUUGAAAAGCUUGUACCUCUGCCAGGCUUGGUGCCCAAGAUUCUCCUGUUUUCUUUGAUGUUUGAACUGCUGAAAUGAUGUUUUACGUAAACAGUUGUUAAUGAAACACACUGAAAAUCCAUUCAAAAGGAAGCAGCUAUUGAAUUGCCUAUUCACAGCUUUUCUUUUCAGAUCGUUGUAGAUGGCUUAGAAGAUAGGAAUAAAAAUAUUUUGUCUCCAUUAGCAUUGCUCAAUGUAGGCAGAAAAAUAGAUGCUGAUAAAGUAGUUUAAUGUCAAAACAAAUAUUUUUAUAGAAUUAUACAGCUGAGCUACAGACACCUUUUGCCAGAAUUUAGAAGUCGAAUACUUUCUAUUUUUUAUCUUUCUGAUCAGCAGCGCUUAUGGCUUUUGCUUAGCAUUUGCUUUAUUUAGUUUUCACAUUUACACAUAUGUUAUACAAUACUCUGGAUUAUAAGAAGCAAAAGCUAUGCAUUAUAUUAAACAUAUAACACGAUCCAGAAAAAAUAUAGUCAGCCAAAGGAUAUUGAAGCUAAAAUUUCUAGUUAUUUUAAAGAAGUCAGUGAAAGUAAAAUAUUACAAAGCACCAGAAACUGAAUUUUUCAGUAAGGGAAUCAUAAAUUGAAACAUAGAAAUACUGAUUUUGUUUUUAUCAUGUUAUUGUACAUGUUGCUUUAGAAAGCUCACUGGUAACAAAAAUGAUUGUGAUGUUGUUCCAUUAAUAUAGUGUUACUCAGAUAUUAGAAUUACUUUAUUAAAACUUGUUCUGCAUGUACAAGGUGUCUAUGUGAAUAAAUAAAAUACAGUAUAUGAUA